AUGAGUCACUCUCUAAGUCCCGAAGAAAUCCCUGAAGGAUGGACUACAGACCCUGACUACAUAGAUUUUCUUGACGGAGAAUGGGGCAGGAUUGCAAAACGAUGUGGUCUUGAAAACCCCAUCCCCAUAAUGCACACUACUCCGGAGUCAGGGGAAAUCCAAGGCGGGCAAAUGACCUUCGAUAUCUACGAGAUUAUUAGGCCGACGACUCUGGAUGGAAUUCUGAAGAAAAUUCGUGACAAGAAAGAGAGAUUGAUUAAGACGAGGGAAUUGGAGCAGGUGCCUACGCAGGAGGAUUUGGAGAGGGCGAAGGAGAAUGAGAAGGCGGGACGUGCGCUUAUGGAGAAGAUGCAGUCACCGGGCUUUCUAGACUGGGCGAUGUCACAGGAUUGGUCUAAGUAG